AUGAAUAAUCGUGUUAGCAAGAGAUCGCAUCAAGCCUGUGAGAACUGUAGGCGGAAGAAGACCCGAUGUCCGGGCGAGAGACCGGCAUGCUCGAGCUGUACGCGGCUUCAACAAGCAUGCCAGUAUAGCAGAAAUUAUAACUCGUCGCAGAGAUCCCCAGGCAGCGACCGGAACCGGUUGCAACAGCUUGAAGAGAAGAUGGAAUCAAUAUUGGAGGGCUCAAUACCCAGUCGCCAUGUUGAAACCCCCAAGGUGUAUUCUCGCAGCCUCCAUGGUCGUGGGAAUACAUCGGAAUCAAGCAGGACGCGGGAAAUGUCCUUGACACCAGGGAAUCCUAGCGAUGAGACAAGACUUGACAAUGCAGAUACGUUGCCCUUCGCAAUGCCGCCGAAAGAGAUCGUCGCGGAGGGUAUUGCCCUUUAUUUCCAAUACUGCCACAAGCAACCACUAUGGCUCUUCCUUCCAGAUAGUCUUUCCAUCCCAGAACAAUGUCGUAGUGAGGUGUUAUUUGGCAUACUCAGUCUUGCGCUGCGUUACUCGAACAAUCCCUUAUUCGAUGGACGAACAGACCGGAUGUGUCGACAUUACGCUGAGGCCGCUCGCAGCUAUGUCAUGUUCCGAAUAGUCCAGGGAACCGUCGACCUCUCAACUUUGCAAUGUCUCUGUUUGAUAGCACUGGCUGAAUACAUUGCUAAUGACACCCAUCUCGCUUGGCUACACAUCGGCCUUGCUACAAACCUGGCCCAAUGUGCAGGUCUUGACAUUGAGCAACAUGAAGGCGAAUCCACACCUGCAUUGGAGGAGCGACGAAGGGUGUUCUGGAGCAUCCAUCUUCUUAACCAGCAAUAUCCCCCCCACAGCAGGCAAUUGAAUAUGCUGCGGGACAUUCACAAUCCGAAGUACAUGGCUGUCAACAUUGACUCUCCACGGGAGAUGGGGAUGCAGCCACCUCAGAACCCUCAGGAAAACGAUGCCUUAGGAGGAAUCUGGGUGUACAUGGUGCAGCUAUCCACUCUUUGGAGCGAAGUUCAGCAUUAUGUCUCGCACUGCGCCAGUGGAGAUCCCGCACCUCCCUGGUCGGUGGACUCUGGAUAUUGUAUCAUCGGGGCUCACCUGAUGGACAUUGAAACCAAGUUUCCGACCUCACAUCGAUACGAUUCUGUACGGUUUCAGGAGCGGUCUCCAGAAGAAUUAAACCGUGCCCGUGAGUACUGGAGUCCCUGGCUGUACCUCCAGUUCACCUACCAUGCAGUGCACAGUGUCCUUAAUCACCCUUUCCUUUACUCGUGGCGGCCGCAGCAGUCUGCCCAGCUUGCAGUACCAAACACUUUCUGGAAGACAUCGUCAGAGCUGGCACUCAUUCACACAACGUGGACAGCUCGCCUCAUUGACAUGAUCACCGAGAAGGAAUAUCAAUUAUCUGAUCCCUUCCUCGGCCAUGUCGUGGCGAUCGCGGCCACAAUUUUGAUUUAUUACUGCCGUGCCGCGGAUCCCUCUGUGAGGGAUUCCGCUCAGCGGAAGCUGGAGACUUGCACAAGGUUUUUGAGUGACCUGGCCACCAAAUGGCCAAGGGUCCAGGCAAUUCAUCAAAAAGUCCAGGGCCUCAUACAAUCGGCAUUCGCCGUCAGUCCACAUUCGGGCGAUCACCGUUUACCACGCAGGACACUGUCAAUAGAUACGUCAUUAAUGUGGGACAUUCUCUGCUAUAAUUCCACCAAAACUCCAUUCGCUUCUCCGGGAGACGGUCUCUUCGAUGCGUCCUUCUUACAGCCCCCCGGGCGGAAGCAUCCAGACCAGACGACAGUCGAGACCGAGAUCUUCCAUCAUUCCGCAAGGACGGUAGAUACUUCUGAUGGAGGGCAAGCGCUGCCGCCGUGCUCGAGUACAGUGCGCCACCGGGAUAAGUCUGAAAACUCCCAGUCCGAGCCUUGGAGCGGUGCAGAUUCCAUUGUGGCUGAGGAUGGCCCAAGUCAAGGACCAAUGCCGCGGGAACCGUUGGGGUGGUCGGGUUUGGGGUUCCCAGGCGAUGUUUCCUUCAUGGACGUUACGCGUGAUCCGUUUUUCCAAUUUCAGGACCACCAAAAUCCUUACCAAGGGAUUUGGGAAAUUGGAAAUCUCUGAUAUUGAUAACUACUAUCCCGGAGCAUCUAUUACUAUUAAUAACACCGAGCAUAAAGUCGAG